UUUUUACGCUAGAGGCGCUGACCGAAAACGUGUAUGUGAAUUCUAUUGGGUUUUUGAAGAUUGUUUUAUUUUUACCUGGUUAUUGUGUUUAUAUAAAUGAAAAUGAUUACAUCCACUCUACGAUCAGCAGUAUGUUCUCUAAUGAAAAUGAAAGUCUUCUCUGUGGAAACGUUUUCAAGAUUAUCGUGUUUGAGCUACACGAAUGUCAGAAGUCAUCACAUAACCUCAAAUGAUUUGAGAGAAUUUCGAGUGGACAAUAUGAAAUUUAGAGCCCGUGACACCGGAAAGCACUCGAAUCGAGUGGAUGGCGAGGUUUCGAAAGAUAUUGCUAUAGGUGACCAAAGCUCACUUUUCCCUGAUGCAUCAACCCCAGAUAAAGUUAUUAAUGGUAUACCAUUCAAAUUGUUACCUAUUAUUAAUAUAAAGGCAACACCUAAUAAUACGAUAAUGAAUGCUACCUCUUUCAAUGGAAAAGGAAUACUAAUUCAUUCUGCUGGUAUGGAAGGUUUCAAAAAUGCCAAAAAGGGUACUAACAUUGCAGCGCAACAAGCUGCUAUUACAUUUGGAACCCGUGCUGUUGAAAAAGGUAUAAAAAUAGUCAGGGUAAGAGUACAAGGUCUUGGAGCUGGUAGAAUGGCUGCCAUGAAAGGACUUCAACUCGCAGGAGUCAAUAUUAUUUCUGUCACAGAUAACACUAGAGUAUCAUGGAAUCCUUUAAGACCUAGGAAAGCAAGAAGAAUAUAGAAUGUAUAUAAUUUAUAAUAAAGAAUUCAAUAAACUAAUUCAUCCCAUACUA